AUGGUAACAGCAGCAAAGAAGGGAAUGUUGCACUCACUUUUACAUUCUGUCAUCAUUGUGGGCUGUUUUUUAUACUUGCUUUUGCAGUACAUGAGGCCAUUUCAUAGCUGGAUAAACGGACCCUCAAGAAUUCUAAACAUGGAAAACCUUUCUAUCCUCUUGAAGAAUGAAACUAUUGUGCUUAUUUGGUUGUGGCCUUUUGGUCAGCCAUUUGAACUCAACACUUGUAAAUUAGAUUUUCACAUCAAUAACUGCUAUUUAACUGCAGAUCGGAGACUGUACCAUAAAUCUCAUGCUGUCCUUUUUCACCACUCCAACAUCAGGAAGGACUUGGCCAACCUCCCCUUACAUCCUCGGCCAACUUUUCAAAAAUGGGUUUGGAUGAAUCUGGAGUCACCGUCUCACACACAAAAAAAGCACGGCCUCGACCAACUCUUCAACUUGACCUUGACGUAUCGACGGGAUUCAGAUAUCUAUGUUCCCUAUGGAUCUUUGAGAAGGAGCAAAGUUCCAUUAGAUUUUAAGUUACCGAGUAAAAAUGCCUUGGUGUGUUGGAUCAUUAGCAACUGGGAUUCACAGCAUGCCCGAGUGAAGUAUUACAAUGUGCUCCACAAAUAUGUGAAAGUUGUCAUUUCUGGUCAAUUUCUUUGGUAUCGCCUAAGUGAUAAUGAUUUUCUCCCAACGAUAUCCAAAUGCAAGUUCUACCUUUCCUUUGAAAACUCGAUACAUGAAGAUUACAUCACUGAAAAACUCUACAAUGCUCUUCUUGCAGGGAGCGUCCCUGUGGUCCUGGGCCCACCCAGGGAAAACUAUGAAAAUUAUAUUCCAGCCGAUUCCUUCAUUCAUGUGGAUGACUUCCUGUCGCCGAAAGAGCUGGCCGACUACCUUCACAUGCUGGAUGGCAAUGAAGAUUUAUACAUGAACUACUUCAAAUGGAGGAAAUAUUAUACAGUGAGGAGGACUCGUUUCUGGGAUGAACACGCGUGUUCUGUCUGUCAACAUAUUCAGCAACAUAAAGAAUAUAAAACCCUCUCCAGUUUGGAGAAAUGGUUUUGGGAUUGA